AUGUCUGGGUUGUUAAAUUACCUCGGGCUGACGAAAAAGAAUGGCAAAUUAGUAUUUCUGGGUCUGGAUAACGCCGGUAAAACGACAUUACUGCAUAUGUUAAAAGAUGACCGUAUGGCGCAGCAUGUUCCCACUUUGCAUCCAACAUCUGAAGAGCUGUCACUUGGAGGUAUUCGUUUCACAACUUUCGAUCUUGGUGGGCACGAACAAGCCCGUCGAGUGUGGAAAGAUUAUUUCCCAGCAGUUGACGCAGUUGUAUUCCUUGUCGACUGCGCCGAUUUAGAUCGAAUCGAAGAAAGUAAACGUGAGUUGGAGAGUCUUCUAACUGAUGAACAAGUGAUAACUUGUCCAGUGCUUGUGCUCGGCAAUAAAAUCGAUAAACCGAAUGCGCUUGGUGAAGAACAAUUGAAAUGGCAUUUGGGUAUUGCCAAUGUGACGACUGGAAAGGGUCAGAUAUCGCGUUCAGACUUAUCCUCACGCCCACUAGAGGUGUUCAUGUGUUCGGUAUUAAGGCGACAAGGCUACGGUGAAGGUUUCAGAUGGCUAUCUCAAUAUCUUGAUUGAGUUUGAUUGAUUGAUUGAAUGUGAGUGUGUGUGUGAUAAAAAUAAUUUUCGAAUGAAAAUCUGAAAGGAGAAUUUAGGAAGCAUCAUUUCCGUUUUUGUCGAAUACAUGUACACGCUUUUCACCUCGUCUAUUCUUUGAAUGAAGUUAUCAAUGUGAUCAACUGUCCUCGUUUUCAUGAUGCUUUGUCAUAUCUAUUUGUUCAUUGGUUUAUUUAUUUCAUCUUCAAUUUCAAACGCUUUUUACCCUAAGUUUUCCUGAGAGCAUAUAUGAUCAAGGUAUUCUGUGCGAAUUUCUUGUAUUCAUUUAUACGCACACUUCGUUUUUAUUUUCUUGUAAUCUUUUGCCUUUCUUUAUGUGUUUAACGAAUUUCGAAAAGACUUGAAACGUAUUGCGAUAUAAUUGAAAUGUGAUGACAUGAUUAAAUGAUAAAC